AUUCUACAAUAUAUUUAGUUUUAAGAUGUGUACUUGUGUUGGAAUUUUUGAUUUCUUAAGAAUUAUAUGUAUGUGCCGUUUUACAAUAUUUUAUUAAUGAAAUCCCUUUUUCCUCUUUAAAAAAAAAAAUAAAACAAUUGUAAGUGUCAACCUUCAAAUACAUGAAGUUGAUUUGAGUAGUGUCAACCUUCAAUUUCUUUGUUUCGUUCGAACUUCCCAGAACAUUGUAAGUGUCAAACUUCAAUUUUCGUCUUUCUUCUCUGAGAAUUUGGGAAAUUACAGAAUUAGGCAAGUAGUAGCAGCUACUUCUUCAGAGUCUGAUUCAUUGCUGAGACCAAGAUUGAAAGAUGAAGUUUCAAGCUCUGCGUUUUAAUGGCGGUACUUCUAUUUUUCCCCUCAUUUCUUCCUCCAUUCCUUAAUAUUUUCGAUAUUGUUCCCAUUUUUCCAGUAAUAGAAUUGUUGCAAUUCAUGACCGUAAACUAUUUCUCGAUUCUGUUAAAGAACAUUGCAAAUUAGGGUUUUCCGAUCUUAAACAUCCACCCGAGGGCAUUCAACCCGAUGUUGUCACAUAUAACUCCUUGAUUCGAGGCUUCUACAAUUCUGGAUGCAGGGUAGAGGCUAAGGGUGUGCUGAAUGAGAUGUUAAAGAGCAAUAUAACACCUACUGUUGUGACCUACAACAUGCUGGUUGACAUGUUUUGUAAAGAUGGUAAUGUUGUGGAAGCACAAGCCAUACUGCAGCACAUGGCUGACAAAGGUGUAGCUCCAAACAUCAUUACUUACAAUGCUUUACUUGAUGGUUAUUGUCUGCGUGGUCAGAUGAGAGAUGCAGAAAAGCUACUUGAUAUCAUGACCCAGAAUAAUGGUUGUGAGCCUAAUCUUGUAAGUUUUAGUACUAUGAUCAAUGGAUAUGCCAAACUUAAAAACAUUGACAAGGCUUUUACUGUAUUAGAAAAAAUGUUUCAGAAAGGGAUAACACCGGAUGCUGUAACCUAUAGCACUCUUAUUGAUGGCUUGUGUAAAACCAAUAGACUUACACUUGCAUGCCAGUUGUUCACAGAUAUGCAAGCUCAUGGGGUUACAACUGAUGUUGUGACGUAUAGUUCAUUGCUUGAUGGCCUAUGUAAAAGUGAACGACUUGAUGAGGCAGUGGCAUUACUUGAAGAUAUGGAGGAUAAAGGUAUCAAGCCUACUACUGUCACUUACAAUAUCCUAAUGAACAGCUUGUGUGAGGCUGGGCAACUUGAAGAUGCAGCAAAAUUCUUCUCUGAUCUUGUGUCAAAGGGUCUGCAGCCUAGUCUUAAAACAUACAACAUAUUGGUUAAAGGCUACUGCAAGAAAGGGCUCAUGAUUGAAGCUGCUCGAUUACUGAGGAUAAUGGAGGACAACGAUUGUUUCCCUGAUGGUAUCACCUAUAAUACAAUCAUCAGAGGAUAUAUUUUCAAUAAUGACCUCACAAAAGCAUUAUACUAUUGUGAUCUUAUGGUAAGCAAGAAAUUUGAAGCUGAUGCAGACACUUUCGCAUUAUUUAUUGACCUCUUGUCUUCUGAUAACAUAAGUGAUUCGUCCAAGAGCCUGCUUCAGAAGUUUAUAAUGAAGAUUCAAGCUCAGCGUUUUCAUGUCGGUACUUCUCUUUUUCUUCCUUUUUCCCUUUUUUCUUCCAUCUCCCCUUUUUAUUUUCGAAAAUUCUCCCAUUUUUCCAGUAAAACAAUUGAUGACCGUAAUUUAUUUCUCGACUCUGUUAAAGAACAUUGCAAAUUAGGGUUUUCAGAUCUUAAACAUCCACAAUCUCUCUUCAAUCAAUUGACUUCUUUACGCCCUCUUCCUUCUGUUAUCGUUUUCAAUCAGCUAUUGACUGCCAUUUCCAAAUUGAAACACCUUCAUCCUCACUCCACCAUUAUCUCUCUUCCCAGGCACCUUGAAUUACUGGGUAUUUCACCUGAUAUGCAUUCUAUUGGUAUUCUCGCUAAUUCUUACUGCCAUUUGGGCUGUAUUGAUUUCGGGUUUUCUCUUCUUGCUAAAAGAAUUAAGCUUGGUUAUCCCCUCGAUUGGGUUAUCUUUACUACCUUAAUUAACGGCUAUGUCCUCUGUGGUAAGCUUCCUCAAGCUGCUCAGCUGUUGAAUAAGAUUAUCAACUUAGGUUUCCAACCCAAUAUUGUUACUUAUGGUGCUAUUUUCAAAGGCCUUUGUAGUAUCGGCGACAAUGCCAGUGCUCUCUCUUUGCUUACCAAAAUGCAGUCUGCUUCUCAUUGUAAGCCUAACCUUGUCAUAUACAACACUAUUAUUGAUAGUCUCUCUAAGGACAGCCUAUUACUACAAGCUAUGGACCUUUUCUCUGUUAUGAAAACCGAGGGCAUUCAACCCGAUGUUGUCACAUAUAACUCCUUGAUUCGAGGCUUCUACAAUUCUGGAUGCAAGGAAGAGGCUAAGGGUUUGUUAACUGAGAUGUUAAAGAGCAAUAUAACACCUACUGUUGUGACCUACAACAUGCUGGUUGACAUGUUUUGUAAAGAUGGUAAUGUUGUGGAAGCACAAGGGAUUUUAAGAAUCAUGACUGACAAAGGUGUAGCUCCUGACAUAAUUACUUACAACGCUUUACUUGAUGGUUAUUGUUUGCGUGGUCAAAUGCAAGAUGCAGAAAAGCUACUUGAUAGCAUGGCCCAAAAAGGUUGUGAGCCUAAUCUUAGAAGUUUUAGUACUAUGAUCAAUGGAUAUGUCAAGCUCAAAAACGUUGACAAGGCUCUUACUGUAUUACAAAAUAUGUUUCAGAAAGGUAUAACACCAGAUGUUGUAACCUACAGCACUCUUAUUGAUGGCUUGUGUAAAGCCUGUAAACUUACACUUGCACGCCAGUUGUUCAUGGAUAUGCAAGCUCACAGAGUUGCUCCUAAUGUUGUGACGUAUAGUUCAUUGCUUGAUGGCCUAUGUAAAAGUAAACAGCUUGAUGAGGCAGUGGCAUUACUUGAAGAUAUGGAGGAUAAAGGUAUCAAGCCUACUAUUGUCACUUACACUAUCCUAAUGGACAGCUUGUGUGAGGCUGGGCAACUUGAAGAUGCAGCAAAAUUCUUCUCUGAUCUUGUGUCAAAGGGUCUGCAGCCUAAUUUUAGAACAUACAACAUAUUAGUUAAGGGCGUUUGCAAGAAGGGGUUGAUGAAUGAAGCUGUUGAUAUUUUGAGUAAAAUGGAAAAGGAUGGUUGUUUACCCAAUGCUAUUACCUACAACACACUCAUCACAGGAGAUGUUCUCAAUAAUGACUUUUCCAAGGCAUUAUACUACCGUGAUCUUAUGGUUAGCAAAGGAUUUGAAGCCGAUGCACACACUUUCAUUAUUUGUUGACCUCUUGUCUACCGGUAACUUUAAGUCUCUUAUUCAAGGGCUUUUUUUAGAAGUUUAUCAAAUGAAUAGUAGUUAAGGUUUUCAAAAUUUGAGAUUUGCUUCAGAUAAAUGGUAUGUAUUUCCCAUUUCACGCUCCGAUUUUCAGUAUCUACUUGGUUGCUUGUCUAUGAUCCUAAGUUAGUUUGUCCUCAAGCUGAUGUUGGCCAGUGGACAACUUCUUUUGUUACCACUCUGAUCCUUGUAUAAAACUCAGCAGACUAGCUUUUGAAAAA